GAUCUUAGCCUUAAUCUUAGACAUGGAUCACGAACUACUAGCGCACCUUCGUCACCAGCAAAAACUCGUGAAAGUCUUUUACAGAGAGUACAGAGUCUUACUGGAGCUGCUCGUGAUCAGGGUGCAUCGAUUCUCGGGGCAGCCGUAAGUGGAUCAAAUCGAGGCCAUGCAUAUAAUAAAGAUCGCUGUUUUACCCUCCUAGUCAUCGAUGAUCAGAACACUGAUUGGAGUAAGUAUUUUCGAGGACGCAGGCUCCAUGGGGACUAUGAAAUUCGAGUUGAGCAGGCUGAAUUUCGAGAGCUUUCUUUAACAGCUAAUGAAUUAGGGACGAUGGUGUCGAUGGCCGUCUUCCGUAAU